UGCAGGACUGGAUCCAGAUGAAACCAUGAUAGAUACCUGAUAAGCGCCAACCUGGUGCGGGGUGUGCAUGGAGAGGGGUAACUUUGUACAACCCCCAAGAUAAAAGCCUCCUUACUUGAACAGGACUUCACGCUCAAACUACAAUAUUUAUUUCAUUCCAGGCAAAAUCCAAGAGGCACAUAGCAGCAUUCGAUUACAAUGGCCGACAUUGAGUAUCUAAAGGGUCUCGAGGCGGUGCGCGAGAGAGCUCACCUGGUCCUAGGAGCGGCCGAGAAAAACGAACUCUCCCACUUUGAUUAUGAUGCUUCAAAGAUGUCCGAAGUGGCAGAAUUCGUUGCUCGUGUGAUUGAACGAGACUUUGGCCCGGACCGAUACGACCAGAUUCCUCCGCACGGAAGGUGGCAACACUUUGACGUUGGCGGUCUUGCUCGGGUUGGCGGCUUGAUCAAACAAUGGAAGCUCAAGGGACUGGACCGGCUCGAGACGACACGUCGAUUGAUAGAUCUUUUCUUCGUCGCGGUCUUGCUGGACGCUGGAGCAGGAGAUGUCUGGAAAUUCGCGGAGCCGGGUACUGAUCGGGCAUAUGGCAGAAGUGAGGGUAUCGCCGUUGCGUCACUAUACAUGUUCAAAGCUGGAGCAUUCUCAAGCAAUCGGGGGAACGAUGUUGAAUUGGUCGAUGGGAGCGCUUUGAUGGCUCUUGAUGUUGCGAGCUUCGAGCAGCAUUUUCAAAUCACAGAGAACAAUCCCCUUGUCGGAGCCACCUCUCGUGUCAGCUUGUUGAAGAGCGUGGGCAAGUCCCUUCUGAGUCUCCCAGGAUUCUUCGGAGGAAAUGGUCGGCCAGGGAAUCUCGUCGACUACUUGGUUGAACAGGCGGCUGGAUCCAAGGAAUUAGACUUCACCGCACUCUGGACUAUCUUGCAAGCAACACUACUUCCAGCUUGGCCCAGAAACCGCACAAGAAUUGGUGAAAUUCCCAUCGGCGAUGCCUGGCCUCUGGAGGUCCUAUCGAAGCUGAAUGCCGAAAAAGAAAGCGGAACCGUGUAUCGAACACUACACAUUGCACCUUUCCACAAGCUGACACAAUGGCUCGCCUACUCACUAACGGUCCCUUUUAUGCGUGUCCUCGAUAUGCAAUGGAAGAACUUGGAGAAGGGAACGGGGCUUCCGGAAUAUCGCAACGGAGGCCUAUUUGUUGACCUGGGUGUUCUCAAGCUCAAGGAAGAAGCAUUAAAGGCUGGAUUAGCUGCCUCGCAAAAAGAGCUUCCAAGCUAUGAGGCUACCAGUGAUGUGAUAGUGGAGUGGCGAGCAAUGACUGUAGCUCUGCUUGAUAAGCUGCAUGAGCUUCUCGGGGCUCAUUUCGCUAGUCAGGGGGUCAAGUUGACUAUGCCACAAAUGCUGGAGGCUGGUUCUUGGAAAGCAGGUCGAGAGUUGGCGGCGAAGUUCCGCCCCGAUACUAAGUCGAGUCCUAUACUGAUAGAAGGGGAUGGCACUCUCUUCUAGAUGAUCCUGACAAGGUCCCCCUAUCACCCUAUCAAUCAUAUACAAUUAAAAGAAUAAUGAAAUAUUUCGGUCAUGGAGA